AUUCUGAGCACGGGGCGAGGGGGACUCGCCCCACCGCCACCUCUCCCUGACCCUCUGGCCACCAUGCACCUCGGCCCGGCUGAGGGGAGUCGGAGGGUUCGGGGAGAGGGCGUAGCUGCCGAGAGCCUGGCGCCCCUGCCCGGAGGAGAACGGAGGACGCCCUCCCGGGUCUCCGGAAAAGAAGGGGGACGGGGUUCGGUGGGCCCUGGGACGAGGAUGGGAGGGAACGUGGGCGACCUGGGAGCCGCCCUCCGCAGCCUAGACUUUCCCGGCCGCUCUCCGCUCCGAAGCAGCACCGGGCCGCUCCGGUCCCCGCCAGCCCCUGCCAGCUCCGCUUCCGGGGGCCACGACCCCCACUCGACUUCGGCCGCGGUGCGCCUCCCGCCGACUCUGACCCAGGGACCGGGAGACCAAAUCCGGCUGGCCGAGGCCCGCGGGCCGCGGCGCAAGUUCACGCUCCCACCGUCGAGGACGGUGGAGGCAGCGUGGGCGUGGGCUGGUCCCCGCGGCGGGGGGGCGGGGGCACCGGGCGUACUUGACCGUGGGCGCCAAGCGUCCCGGCCGCGCGGCGCGGCCUUUAUGUAAAUGGAGGCUGCGCCGGGCGUCCUAGGUAGGAUGGACCAGCCCCCCGCGCCUCGGCCCUCACGUCCAAUAAGAAGAGCCCCAGCUUGACACCUGCCUAUAUACAGGCAAGCGCGCCCCCGGACCGCGGACCGCGCGUACAGCCCACACUGCCCCACGCCGCGGGCUAGGGACACCCGGCCCGCCACCAUGACUUCCAGCAAGAUAGAGAUGCCCGGCGAGGUGAAGGCUGACCCCGCCGCCCUCAUGGCGUCCCUGCACCUCCUGCCGUCGCCCACGCCCAACCUCGAAAUCAAGUACACCAAGAUCUUUAUAAACAACGAGUGGCAGAACUCAGAGAGUGGGAGAGUGUUCCCUGUCUAUAAUCCAGCCACAGGAGAACAGGUGUGUGAAGUUCAAGAAGCAGACAAGGCAGAUGUAGACAAAGCAGUGCAGGCAGCCCGCCUGGCUUUCUCUCUUGGUUCAGUGUGGAGAAGGAUGGAUGCUUCAGAAAGAGGACGUCUGUUGGAUAAGCUUGCAGACUUGGUGGAACGGGACAGGGCAGUUCUUGCAACCAUGGAAUCCCUAAAUGGUGGCAAACCAUUCCUGCAAGCUUUUUAUGUGGAUUUGCAGGGCGUCAUCAAAACCCUUCGAUAUUAUGCAGGCUGGGCUGAUAAAAUUCAUGGGAUGACCAUUCCUGUAGAUGGAGACUAUUUUACCUUUACAAGACAUGAACCCAUUGGAGUGUGUGGACAGAUCAUCCCAUGGAACUUCCCCCUGCUGAUGUUUGCCUGGAAAAUUGCUCCAGCUUUGUGCUGUGGCAAUACAGUAGUUAUUAAGCCAGCAGAGCAAACACCACUCAGUGCACUCUACAUGGGAGCCCUCAUCAAGGAGGCUGGCUUUCCUCCCGGGGUCAUCAAUAUUUUGCCAGGAUAUGGGCCAACGGCUGGGGCAGCAAUAGCUUCUCACACUGGCAUAGACAAGAUUGCAUUCACAGGGUCUACUGAGGUUGGAAAGCUUAUCCAAGAAGCAGCUGGAAGAAGUAAUUUGAAGAGAGUAACUCUGGAACUUGGAGGCAAAAGUCCUAAUAUUAUUUUUGCUGAUGCUGAUUUGGACUAUGCUGUGGAGCAGGCCCACCAGGGUGUGUUCUUCAAUCAAGGCCAGUGCUGCACUGCAGGCUCUCGCAUCUUCGUGGAGGAGUCCAUCUAUGAGGAGUUUGUGAGAAGAAGCGUGGAGCGGGCCAAGAGGCGCAUAGUGGGGAGUCCCUUUGACCCCACCACUGAGCAGGGUCCCCAGAUUGAUAAGAAACAGUACAACAAGAUCUUGGAACUCAUCCAGAGUGGUGUGGCCGAGGGUGCCAAGCUGGAAUGUGGAGGCAAAGGACUGGGCCGAAAGGGGUUUUUCAUUGAGCCCACAGUGUUUUCCAACGUCACUGAUGAUAUGCGGAUUGCCAAGGAGGAGAUCUUUGGCCCUGUUCAGGAAAUUUUGAGAUUUAAGACGAUGGAUGAAGUUAUUGAAAGAGCCAAUAACUCAGACUUUGGACUCGUAGCAGCUGUCUUUACUAAUGACAUCAACAAGGCCCUCACAGUGUCUUCUGCAAUGCAAGCUGGGACUGUUUGGAUCAAUUGUUACAAUGCCUUAAAUGCCCAGAGCCCCUUUGGGGGAUUCAAGAUGUCUGGAAAUGGGAGAGAAAUGGGAGAAUUCGGCUUGCGGGAGUACUCAGAAGUUAAGACUGUGACAGUAAAGAUCCCCCAGAAGAACUCCUAAGAAGGCCAAGAAUCUCCACUUGCUGUUACUUACAAACGACAAUGCAUUCAGCAGCCCAAUGCCGUGAGCCCUGACAGAUGCCGUAUUUCUGAGUGCUUCCAUGUGAAUGCUGCCCUCCUGUAGCAUGUGUCCAAGCAGACAUAGCCACUAACCAACUAGUUACCUUUGGACUGCAACAUAAAAUGUGAAAAUGAAGAUUUAUUUCUUUUAAUUUACUUAAAAAGAAACCUCUGUGCUAGCAAUAAAGCAUUUAUAUUGUGUA